UCGACGGCUGGGCGGCGGAGCUGAUCGCAGAUGUCGCCGAGGACGGAGAGCCGCGGCGGAAGGCGGCAGCGGAGGAGAGGGAGGCCGGCAGGGCUCGCCCGCUCGCUUACUGUCUUCCCCCUGAGACCGGGAAGGAGAUGAAAGAAAUAGAAGAAUGUAUAGAAGAGAUGUUAAUAAGGCUGGAUGAGUUCUGUGGUAUGACUGAUAUGAUUAGGAGUGAUACAUCCAAUCUCCUGGAAGAGAUGAUCCCACUUAUUAAGGCCAAGGUUUCAGAAAUGAACAAUGUCUACACAAAAGUGGAUAAACUAGAGGCAUUUGUGAAAAUGGCUGGCCAUCAUGUUUCUUUCCUAGAAGAACAAAUUCUCCAAGCAGAGAAGACCCAUGCUGAUUGUCCUUCCUCUAUUCAAAAGCUGCUUGGGUCACUAGUUUUCCCUUUAUUUAAAAAAACAUGUACUCCAGAUGCACAGCAGAGUUAUAACCUGCCUGAACUUUAUAGAACGGAAGAUUAUUUUCCUAUCAAAUAUAUUGGUAGCAAAUAUCAGAACCAUUAGUUCUGUAUUUAUGCUUAUUGCCUUAUAGUCAAAUAAAC